CCCCGCCUUGCCCGCCGAUUUCUCUGCCGGGGAACACGCCGCUUCCUUUCUCUACUCGCGCGCGGUGUGGUGGCAGCAGGCGCAGCCUCCAGAUGCAGAACGACGCCGGCGAGUUCGUGGACCUGUACGUGCCGCGGAAAUGCUCCGCCAGCAACCGCAUCAUCGGUGCCAAGGACCACGCGUCCAUCCAGAUGAACGUGGCCGAGGUUGACAAGGUCACAGGCAGAUUUAACGGCCAGUUUAAAACUUACGCUAUCUGCGGGGCCAUACGUAGGAUGGGUGAGUCAGAUGAUUCCAUUCUACGAUUGGCCAAGGCUGAUAGCAUCGUCUCAAAGAACUUUUGACUGGAGAGAAUCGCAGAUGUGGAGUAUUUGUCCUAAAUAAAUAGUAAAAACCUA